UCGAUCGAUCUCCUGCACCGUGUGCGCCACUUGCGCGUCACCGAGUGCGCACGGCGUCCUGCUUAUUGCUGCUGCUUGCUGGCGUAGAUCCUCUCUCACAGUGUCACUCGACACACAUUUGCGCUAACUUACAGGGGCCGGGAAAUUGCGAUUCACAAGAAAUGAUAGCAAAGCGCCUUUUUAAAUGGAUGGGAAAUGGUUCUGCUGCGCGCUGAGUUGCCUAAAACCUCCCUCGUCGCUCUUCGCAGUGCGCCUCUCCUCCAAGUAGCUCCGCUUUUUUGGAAGGAAAGAAGACAACGAUGGCAGCUUCACAGAACGCCUCGAACCUCACCGCCAACUACACUAACCAGUUUGUGCAGCCGCCAUGGCGCGUCGCUCUCUGGUCGCUAGCCUACAGUUCGAUUCUGGCCGUGGCGGUGUUCGGCAACCUCAUCGUCAUUUGGAUCAUUUUGGCUCACAAGCGCAUGAGGACAGUGACCAACUACUUUCUGCUCAACUUGGCCUUCUCUGACGCCUCCAUGGCCGCUUUCAACACUUUGAUCAACUUUAUUUACGCAGCCCACGGAGAAUGGUACUUUGGGGAAGCGUACUGCAAAUUCCACAACUUCUUCCCGGUCACGUCCGUGUUUGCCAGCAUCUACUCCAUGACUGCAAUCGCCGUGGACAGGUACAUGGCCAUCAUCCACCCUUUGAAGCCCCGAAUGUCAGCCAAGGCCACCACCGGAGUCAUUACUUGCAUCUGGAGUCUGGCUGUGGUCCUGGCUUUUCCCCUUUGCUACUUCUCCAAAAUCCGAGUUAUGCCUCGCAGAACGUUGUGCUACGUGGCUUGGCCUCGCAUGGCAGACGACCCCGUCAUGUACCACAUUAUAGUGACCGUGCUGGUGUACGUGCUGCCUCUAGUGGUGAUGGGGAUCACUUAUUCCAUCGUGGGAGUGACCUUGUGGGGAGGGGAUAUCCCUGGAGAUUCAUCUGACAACUAUCACGGACAACUACGAGCUAAAAGGAAGGUUGUAAAGAUGAUGAUCAUUGUUUUGGUGACCUUUGCCCUCUGCUGGCUGCCCUAUCACAUCUACUUCAUUGUGACGGGCCUCAACAAGCACCUGAACAAGUGGAAGUCCAUCCAGCAGGUUUACCUGUCAGUGCUGUGGUUGGCCAUGAGCUCCACCAUGUACAAUCCCAUCAUCUACUGCUGCCUUAACAGCAGGUUCCGGGCUGGCUUCAAGCGAGCUUUUCGCUGGUGCCCUUUCAUCAAGGUGUCCAGCUACGAUGAGUUGGAACUCCGCUCCACACGCCAGCACCCGACCCGGCAGAGCAGCAUGUACACGCUCUCCCGAAUGGACACUACGAUGGUUGUGGUUUACAACCCUGCUGAGGGCGAAAGCGGGGGCGGCAGAAGCGGCUCUGGAAGGAAGUGGUCCAUGUCCUCGAGGAAGAAGAGCUACACCACAUCUCGCCACACGCCCGCCGGUAGCAGCAGCGGAAGCAUAACAAUACAAAAUGGAAGCAUGACGAAUUCUCAAGCUGAGGAAUUCUCUUGAGUGAGGUGAGAAGCAUGCAUGGAAUUCUUGUACACAAUGCGUGAUGCACUGUAUAUAUACAAACAUUUCAUUUAUGGAAUGAGAAAUUACCUUCACGCAAACAAGUCUCAAGUGAUGCUGCAUGUCAGGACGUUUGACUCUAAUCAUAUGGAAUGUCUCCUGCAAGAGUGCAUUCCUGCUCAGCCUCAAAGCACUAUCACUAAUUAACAUCUAAAUGUUAAUUGCACCCUUUUCAGGGUGUUUCAGCCCUGUGGUUCCAAUUAUGGAUGUUAAAAGUAUUAUUAAAAGUAAGAUUUUUUUGUUUUGCUUGAGUUUAACACUGAAUGCUGGAAUGGCAUUAUGCAGCCGGAAGGAAAAACAUCAGAAAAGAUUUUUUUUUUGUAAGUUGACUGUUUACUCCCGGAAUAUCAGUGAAAUAACAGUAAACAAUAAUCACAAAAACAUGACUUAGUACUUGGUGGAAAGACCCUUAUUAACAAGCACAAAGAUCAGACGUUUCUUGUAGUUGCGCACCAGGACGGAUUUUGGUACACUCCAAUUUACUGUCUAAAUAAUGAAGGUUUCUAGGCUGUCGCCUGGCAACUCAAAGUUUCAGCUCCUUCCACAGAUUUUCUAUGAGAUUUAAAAGUGAUUUAAGAGGAUCAUACAAUCAUAAUUCUCCCUCAGUAUGUUUAUAUGUGAAGCUACCAUUUAUUUCCCCUCCACUGAAUAAAUGAAUGUAGAGUUACUUUUUACAUGUAAAUAAGCCUGGACAAUCAAGUUUCAAACCUAUAGUUGGAACCUCUGGGGCGUCCGCCUUUCUUUUGUCACGCCCUGUGUAGGGUCCCACUUGACAGUUUGUCUAUGUUCCCUCUCUGGGCUUGAGUUUCCAUUUUUGAUGGUCCUUUUUUGUAUUUGACUUCCUGUUUUGCCUUGUCUGCCUUGGUUGUGCUUAUCACCCACACCUGUCCCUAAUUUGUCCUGUCUAUUUAGUUCAGAUUUGUGCUUCUCCUGAUGUGGGAUCAUUUGUCCGUGUGCUUCCUGAGUUGCUUUUUCCUGCUGCUGCAAUUAUUGCAAGAAAUAAAUAUUUUUUUCUGCAAUUAUUGCAAAAAAUAAAUAUUUUUAUUGCAAGAAAUACAUAUUUUUAUUGCAAGAAAUAAAUAUUUCUGCUUCCUGAGUUGCUUUUUCCUGCUGCUGCAAUUAUUGCAAGAGCUAAAUGUUUUUUUCUGCAAUUAUUGCAAAAAAUUAAUAUUUUUAUUGCAAGAAAUAAAUAUUUUUAUCGCAAGAAAUAAAUAUUUCUGCUUCCUGAGUUGCUUUUUCCUGCUGCUGCAAUUAUUGCAAGAAAUAAAUAUUUUUUUCUGCAAUUAUUCCAAGAAAUAAAUAUUUUUAUUGCAAGAAAUAAAUAUUUUUUUUCUGCAAUUACUGCAAGAAAUAAAUAACAUACAAACGUACAAUAACAUACAUUAAUUAUUGCAAGAAAUAAAUAUUUAUUUCUUGCAAUAAUUGCAGCAGCAGGAAAAAUAAUAAUGAUCCCACAUCGGGAGAAGCACACACC